CCUCAAGCCCCGCCCCCUUUUGCCAGGCGCUAGCCCCACUUCCGGCCAUCUCAGGCCUUUUCCGCCAGUGCUGUGCCGGCUUUAUCUCUGCCCUGUAGGUCGUUCCCGGCCCCAGGCCCCGGUCUCUCGCGCCCUUCCCUCGCUCCCAGCGGCUCGUCGCUCAUCGCGAAUCUCUCCGUGGCCCGGAGCGACUCCCGUGCGUCUUCGCGGGCGGCCCGGACCGAGGCCUGCCGCUCGUGGUGAGUCCGCGCAGACGUGACCCCGAGUCUCCCCGCAGCUCGGUUGAGGCCGCCUCCGUCGCCUCGGGAUGCCGGGGCCGGGGUCCGCGCAGCGCUGGGCGGCCGCCGCGGGCCGUUGGAGCUGCAGGCUGCUCGCGCUGCUGCUGCUGGUGCCGGGGCCCGGCGGCGCCUCCGAGAUCACCUUCGAGCUGCCGGACAAUGCCAAGCAGUGUUUCUACGAGGACAUCACGCAGGGCACCAAGUGCACCCUCGAGUUCCAGGUGAUUACUGGUGGACACUAUGAUGUAGACUGUCGAUUAGAAGAUCCUGAUGGUAACGUGUUAUACAAAGAGAUGAAGAAACAGUAUGAUAGUUUUACCUUCACCGCCUCCAGAAACGGGACAUACAAGUUUUGUUUCAGCAAUGAAUUUUCCACGUUCACACACAAAACCGUGUAUUUUGAUUUUCAAGUUGGAGAAGACCCGCCUUUGUUUCCUAGUGAGAACCGAGUCAGUGCUCUUACCCAGAUGGAAUCUGCCUGUGUUUCAAUUCACGAAGCUCUAAAGUCUGUCAUCGACUAUCAGACUCAUUUCCGCUUGAGAGAAGCCCAAGGCCGAAGCCGAGCAGAAGAUCUAAAUACGAGAGUGGCCUAUUGGUCAGUAGGAGAAGCCCUCAUUCUUCUGGUGGUUAGCAUAGGGCAGGUAUUUCUUCUGAAAAGCUUUUUCUCAGAUAAAAGAACCACCACAACUCGUGUUGGAUCGUUUGACCUGGUAGAUUCCAUCUUUUACAUCUUCGAGAGGAUGCUUAUUGUGUUUCCUCAGUUUUAUCUUCGUGUCUCCUGGGGCAGCACUAUUCAGAACGCUGGUCUCGUAAUAGAAGCAGCAGCAGGCACUGAAGAUCUGUAUGCCUACUUGCCAAGAACGCAUAUUCGUCAUUUUGUCCUUUUCACUGUACUCCUGUUUAAUGUGGAGGAUCCUUUUGGGACCUCUUUUGCUGGGUACGAGAUGUUGAUAAUGGGUGUUGGGAAGUCUAAAAUAGACCCCUGCCCUCUCUCUCUGCCCUGGGGUAAAAGUCCCAGUGUGGAUAUGAGCCAGAGACCUCAUGAGGCAGAUUCCAAGAAAUCCGACGACAUCUCCCUGCGUGACAUUGCCGAGCAUAGCCACGGUGCCCUGACGCCCUCUGGAGAGCGGGAGGGCACUGAGGCCACAGAAGAGGUGCCCGAAGAGGAUGAAGAGGAGGUGUUCCUCAAGUUUGUGAUACUGCACGCAGAAGAUGACACAGACGAGGCCCUCAGAGUCCAGAAUCUGCUACAAAAUGACUUCGGCAUCAAACCCGGAAUAAUCUUCGCCGAGAUGCCGUGCGGCAGACAGCACCUGCAGAAUUUAGACGACGCCGUAAACGGGUCUGCCUGGACCAUCUUACUGUUGACCGAAAACUUUUUAAGAGACACCUGGUGUAAAUUCCAGUUCUACACGUCCCUCAUGAACUCCGUGAACAGGCAGCACAAGUACAACUCCGUCAUACCCCUUCGGCCCCUGAAUAAUCCCCUGCCCCGAGAAAGGACUCCCUUUGCUCUGCGAACCAUCAAUGCCCUAGAGGAAGAAAGCCGUGGCUUUCCUACACAAGUGGAAAGGAUUUUCCAGGAGUCUGUGUAUAAGAUACAACAAUCUAUAUGGAAAGAGACCAGAACUACCCUGCAGAGGCAAUCGAUCGCCUGAGAUGGAGCUCCCCACCCACGGCUGGCUCUUGUUUUCUAGAGCAAAUGAUUUCGCCUUCCCUUGAGAAAGCACAUUUCUGGCAAGAAUUUAAAUAAAAGAGAACCUGGCUCUUCCAGAAACCUAGGAGCACCAAGAAAGCCAAGUUUCUGUGGGACCCUGUGCAGACUUGAGGUCCUUUGCAACGUUGUUUCGAUAAACCAGAGAUCGUCAGAGUUUUAAGAACAUUCCCGUCGCAGUUCUCCUAGUUCAUGAACAUCACAGAGGAUUAUCCUUAAUUCACAUUCCUUGCAGCAACCCUUGAACCCAAACUUACAGGGUAGACACUGUAAAAAUACGGUAACGCCUGCAUUUUGUUCUCCAAGGACACGCAGAAGAAGACGUCCCCGGGAGAUGUGAGCACCCUCACUCUUGAGGGACCUCUCAGAAAUGUUGCAGCCCAGCCUUACUGGUAUCGCCACCCAGAAGGAUAGAGAGCCCCUCGAGAACAUUUAGAAUGUUGAGUCGUGAUAAAUAGGAAAUUAAAAGCAGAUAUGAGAACG